AAUUGACGUCUCACGUCAUUCGAUAGAAAUAAACAGUGACGACUACUUGACAACAUUGCUCUUUUGUAAAUAAUUUUAAAAUGGAAAAUAGUUCGGAAGUUCAAGUUACAAUUAAAAAACCUGGAAGGGUUCUGCAUUUCAGCGAUGGUGUUGAAGAAGAAAUAGAACAAGAAGAAGUAGCGGAGUUAGCAAGCGAACCUCAAGAAACAAAUGUUGAUCCGAAAACUCUAGAAUGGGGUCCAUGGUUCUCCCAUUACGCAUGGAAGUCAGGUAACAAAGUUCUUAAUGCAGUGGACUAUGCUGGCGAGUCACUGGCUAGUUUCUUUGGUAUUACUACACCGAAAUACCAAAUAGAAAUAGAUGAAUAUGAAAGAAUGAAGGAGGAAAAAAGAAAAAUGGAUGAAGAUGCUGUUGGUUGGGUACCCAAGAAUGGUGGUGGAGACAUACCCUUAGUUCUUAAUGAACCUGGCAAGGACAAAGCAGAAGUUUAGAAAAAAAAAACCUAUUUUAGGUUCUACAGAUGUAACUAGUGACCAUGUCAGUUUAAAAACUUAUAAAAAAAAAUAGAUUAGUCUACUUCUCUUUGGAGUAAUCAGUAUUGGUAUUCAAAAUGUGACAUUAUUGAUAUUACUUUAAGAUUUAUUUUUCAAUAACCAGUUAUGAGUAUCUGUCAAAUAAUAAAUAUUUAUUUUAUUUGUUCUGUAAGUCAUAAUUUAUUUAUAGUCUGUUAUAGUUUUUUUUUUUUGUGAAAUGCAACUAGUAAAGUUCUGAGUACAUUAUAUUUAAGCAAUAAUGAAUUUAUUUUAAUAUAUUUAUAGAAUGAUAUUGAUCAAUUUGUUUCUGGAUAUUAAUAAGAAAGGAAUUUGAUUAUGGGUCGAUUUUAUUUGUGUUAUAUUGUAAAACAAUUUUAACUAACAUAGUAUUAGAUGUGACUAAAUCUAUGUGCUAAUGUAAUUCGCAUAUUACGAGGGACUGAAUGUAUUAGAGCUUUAUUUUGUUGUACAUAUUAAUAAUAAAAUUAAUAUUUAACUCAA